AUGUCGGAUUUUGAUGAUUCUCAAAUUAAUCUUUCAACAUCAAUUGAUAAUGAAGAAGUUGCAUUAUCAAAAUAUGAAGAUGAAUUAGAAAGAACAAUUCAAGAAAAUUUAACGAACGGACAAGAUUUACACACUCAAAAAUUAUUUCUUGCAUUUCAAACUGCAGCUACAAAUGUUACGAAAAUGUUUCGUGAACGCUCAAGUGGAACAAAUGCCUGGACUACAUUUCAUACCGCAGCUCAAUCUGUCACAAUGCUUUAUAAAGAAAGUCUUGAUACUUUAAAAGAUGCUAUUCAACUUGGUAUACUAAAUGGUGAACAACGUAAAACUAAACAACUAUUACGAUGGACACGUCGUAGACAACGUCGCCACAUACGCACUGACGAAAUAUAUGAUUAUUUAGUGGGUCGUCCACCAUAUCGUGUAUCUUAUACAUCAGAAAUUGAUCAUACAAAUAAUACUUCAUCUAAUCAACCACCAAUUGUUGAUGAUUUACACACAUUUCGACAAGCACUUGUUAUGGAUGAUAAUGACAAUAAAACUCAUGUUGAUAUAUCUUCCAAUCGUCAUUCCGAACAACUUGAAAGUUUUGUUCGACAACAAGUAGAUAAUCAAUUAGCACGUAAACGUGAUUAUCAUUCAGCAGAUUUAAUUACAAAUGACUCUCAAAAGUCUAAGCGUACUCGAUAUACAUAA